CAGAGUAUCUGCCAGGCGCGGGCCUCAGUCAUGGUCUACGAUGACACCAGUAAGAAGUGGGUGCCCAUCAAGCCUGGACAGCAGGGAUUCAGCCGCAUCAACAUCUACCACAACACUGCCAACAACACCUUCAGAGUGGUGGGCGUCAAACUGCAGGACCAGCAGGUGGUUAUCAACUACUCCAUAGUGAAGGGCCUCAAAUACAACCAGGCCACCCCGACUUUCCACCAGUGGCGGGACGCGAGGCAGGUCUAUGGCCUAAACUUUGCCAGCAAGGAGGAGGCUACCACCUUCUCCAAUGCCAUGCUCUUUGCCCUCAACGUCCUCAGUGCUCAGGAUGGAGGUCCAGCUGUCCAACGCCAAGUCCAGAAUGGACCAACUUCAGAUGAGAUAGAAGCUCAGAGAGCAAGGCAGAUGAUUGAGCAGCAGCAGCAGAUGCAGGCACACAUGGAACGGGAGCGACGGUCCUCCAACUCAGGUUCUCCUUUUCAAGGCCACCCUGCUGUGCUCUCCGUGGCCCCUCCAGUCAUACCUCCUCCAAUGAACAUGGGUGGUGGACCUCCUCCACCUCCACCACCACCAGGACCUCCGCCGCCUUCAGGAGGGGCACCCCAGCCUCCUCUCCCUCCUCCAUUGCCGAUGGGUGGAGGGAGUCACGGGGAUGAGUCCCCCGGCCAGACGGGACUCGCCGCCAUGAUCGCCGGGGCCAAACUGCGCCGCGUUCAAAGACCUGAGGACAGCUCUUCAAGCGCCAAAAACGAAGCCAACCGAACGAGUGGAGGGAGCGGCGGUGGGCUGAUGGAGGAGAUGAACGCUCUGUUGGCGCGAAGGAAAGCAGCCUCAGAGAAGCCAGAGGACAGCCAAAAUGAUGACCCAAAUUCUCCGUCACCCAGCACUCGAGGUGGACAGAAUGCCACAGAUGGUUUAAAGAAGCCGUGGGACAGAGCUAACUCUGCAGACAGAUCGAUGGUUUCAAGGGUACGGCCCGUGGGGAGCGGCGGUGACACAGACUCGUUAGACCUUGAUAGAAUGAAACAGGAAAUCUUGGAAGAGGUGUUCCGUGAAUUGCACAAAGUGAAGGAUGAAAUCAUUGAUGCCAUUAGACAUGAACUCAGUCGAGUUAGCACGACAUAA